AUAAAUCAAUAAAAUGAAGCCUGCGCUGAGUGUUGUAGCUGUACUCACAGCAUAUACCGUAGGAGCCGCUGGCUUCUUCUUCAAUAUAGAAUACAACGACAGGAGAUGCUUCUACGAAAAUGUGCCACAAAUGGCAAUGAUUAGCGUAAAUUAUGAAAUGCUUAAUCAAGAAGCACGCGCCUGCGUUGUUAGGAUAUCGGACGAAGAAAAAAAGGUACUGCAAAAUACAAACCUCAAAGAAGCAACUACAAGAGGACGUGUGACAUAUGUAGCCAAAAAUGAAGGUACAUACUACAUAUGUAUCGAUUGCCCCGGACAGCUUUGGUAUACUGCUCAAAUGGCUAAAAUCGCGCUGUCAAUAGAAAUCGCCGAUGGAAAUGAUAUAUACGGUCGUAAUACACAAUACGAUGUAGAUAGAGAAACAACAGCCAAGAAAGAUGAAAUGAAGAAUCUAUCUGAAGAAAUGCGCAAGUUCUCUAUCAAUAUCAUCAAUAUCAAGAACCAUCAAAGACUGGAAAAUAACACCGCAAAAGAACUGCACGAUACAUACAAAAGCAUGUACAACUACCUACUGUACUUCUACUUGCUACAAUUAUUCAUCAUCGCAGCAACAGCCCUGUUCUCAGUAUACCACAUCACCAGGUUCUUCAAAGCAUACCGAAUCGUGUAAACAACAUAUCAUUA